AUGGUAUUCAAAUUGUCGGGCAACAGGAAAGGAACGGAGCCCGCAAGCAAGAAGAAUGGCAGCGCUUGGAGAUUUCCAUUUGGUCGUCGAUCUGAAGCAGAUGAAGUGAUGAAGCCGUUAGUGCGGGUGCAUCGGCGACUAAAGGCAGUUGAUUCGUCCGCGGCGGAUUUUUACAGGUCGCGGUACUGGUUAGGAAUGAUAACGGCCGCAACCCGGUCGGCACAGUCAGAUGAGUUGUUGGCGCAUCUGAAGGAGGCGGAGGGACGGGUCUUGGAACUGAGCCGGCCCGUGACCGGGGCGCCGAUCUCGCAAAACAGCCUUAUUUUACGGGCGGCUACGGCUCGGUACUUGUAUGGCUCCAAGGCCGACUCUGGUGGCAAGGGAGGCGCACGGAGGUCGGAGUCCGGCGGCGGGGGGACCGGCCGGAGACCAGUGGCGAAGGACGCGCGUGUGGGAGCCCUGGAGUUCGCCAUGGCACAACUGCUAACUGACAAGGAGCAUGAACGGAACCGUUGUUUGCGAAGCAUUAAUCUUUGGGCCCUCAAAGUUUUGCUGAGCAUGCAGUGGCCGCUCACCGGCUUUUUUAUCGCUGUCCACAGCAUCGAGCGCACCAUCCGUUCUGAGUCGCCCAAGCUGGACGUGGCCCAGAUCUCCCGCACCGGCCACUUGCUGGGUACCGCCUGCCUGCUUAUGGCUGUCGGCUGUGAGUGCAGUCACAAGGAACUGAUGAGGGCAAAGAUCUUCAUCGGCCAAGUGCCCAGCAUCCUGAGCAUGAACGAUCUGGUAGCCAAGCAGCUGACUGUGGUCGCCAGUGAGCAAGCACGACCACCCCCCCCCCCCCCCACUCGUCGUUGCACUACCACUCUUUGGUUCACACGUCCCCGUCCGGUCGACCAGCGUAAACACUGCUGCCCGAUCAGACUUGAACAACGGGUGCAUGGUGCUGAAGACUCCGCUGGACUGGUUGACCUACUACACAUCGCGGAUGGUGUUGAAGAAGCGGGAAUUGGACGUGGCGUUGCCGAGCGUAGACUUGUACUCUUUUCUGUUGACCUGGAGCGAAUUCUCGAUGACAACAGCGAACACGGAGUUAACAGGUUACGCAGCAGCGAAUGCGUGGCGGAUGCUACCGACGCCAACGUUGAUGUCUUCGCUCUGGGAAACGGUCCUACACUGUUCGCUCUGGUUGUAUUUGAAUUGUCUUCACCGGAAGGUCGACGGCGCCACCUUCGUCGCCGCCGCGAUGGCCUACCUCCUCUUCGACAGCUACUUACCCGGCCAUGCUGCGGCCGCCGCCAACAGUCCUGCGCGCACGCCCAAUACGGAGCCGGUCGCUGA